GCUCUCUGUCUAUCAGCUUCACCGCCGUGCAACAAGCGCUCUCGACGGAACCAUGACCACGUUUACCCGUAUACUAGUCGCUCUAGUGUUGAGCGUGUCCUCCGCGAGCGCUUUCGUACCCUGCCCGUCUGCGCUGACCAAGUCGAACCACCGAGCAAUCCAUGAUCCGGCUCCGGCAGCAACAACAGCAGCAGCACCGCGACCUCGGUAUCAGCAGCACGCGGGCCCGCUCCUCAUGGGCUGGGGCGACGCAUUAGGGAAAGCAUUCGCGAACGAGGACAUGGCCCCCCAAAAGAACCCUGGUCUCAAGAACGCCCCCAACACAUGCAUGGUAACCGUCAACGGAAAGACCAUCCAGGCGGUGCAGGGGCAGCGUCUGAGGGAUGUUGUACUGGCUGCCAAGGCGAAGAUCGAGUACGGCUGCGAGAAGGGAGACUGUGGGACGUGCGAGUCAAUCGUUGACGGCCGGAAGAUCCGCAUCUGCAAGGCGAUCGUACCAAGAAACAAGACCAAGGUCAACAUUAAGACCAAGUUCGGGUAGACGGGUGGCUGGAUUGACACACGGUCCGAUCCGAUCGGCGUGAGGACGUUGUUCGUUGUUGACGGCUCGAUACGACGUCCUAAGCGCCCCUGAGUAGAACGUUUCCUGCUUGCAGCUUGUAGUCGCUGUUCUCUUGGAAGGGCUGCGGUGGGAAUAGAUAUACAUACAUCGCUCGAUGCCUUUCGGGUGGGAUACGACACACUACACCCCUCUUCCAUUUUGUUUCAAGAUGUGUGACGGUCGGUUGUACCACAGUAGAAAGAAGGUAUACCAACUGUAAUACGUAUUCCGUGUUAAGAACUGGGCAGAGCGCCAAUAUAGAUUUUUGCCGAGCCGAGCGUAAGCGUGCAUCUACCCGUGUGCGAAAGGCUACAAGCGGGAUUCGGAGAGAAGGCUCGCUCUGAUCGGGGAUCGAUUUUGUGACUGGUUGCAGUGCAGCAAGCAGCGUGCCCAUUCUCCUGGCGUGGGGGGGG